GAUUUAUAACCGGGUCGUCAGGUUUUUAAGCUACCUUCUGCUCUUCGAAACACUUGUGAUCUACCGCGGAGACAACAAAACAAUCCAACAUGUCUGGAAGAGGCAAGACCGGAGGAAAGGCUCGUGCAAAGGCCAAGACCCGCAGCUCCCGUGCCGGGCUGCAGUUCCCCGUGGGCCGUGUCCACCGCCUCCUGCGCAAAGGGAACUACGCUGAGCGGGUGGGAGCCGGAGCCCCCGUGUACCUGGCCGCCGUGCUCGAGUAUCUCACCGCUGAGAUCCUGGAGUUGGCCGGAAACGCCGCCAGAGACAACAAGAAGACCCGCAUCAUCCCCCGCCACCUCCAGCUCGCGGUCCGCAACGACGAAGAGCUCAACAAACUGCUCGGCGGAGUGACCAUCGCUCAGGGCGGUGUGCUGCCCAACAUCCAGGCCGUGCUCCUGCCCAAGAAGACCGGGCAGGCUGCUGCCCCCAGCUCCGGCAAGGCGGGAAAGAAGGCCUCCUCUCAGUCCCAGGAGUACUAGCAUGAACACUCAGACUUUAACACAAAGGCCCUUUUAAGGGCCACACACCUCUGCAAAUUGCAACUCUUCUGUUCUGUGUUCACCUUGUUUAUUGUUCAAUAAAUGCGUUACGGUUUCGAUGUUAAGUUUCAUUUUAGCUAACGUCCGCACUCACGGGUCAUUUCACUUAAGGGAGAUCAAAAUGCAGAAAGAAACUUCUGGUAUGUUCUGGGACAAAAGACUUUGACCAUCCCCCAGUGAGGACGCGUCCCGCUGGUUCAUGCAGUUAGGCACAAGUUUGAUAAGCGAGUGUUUUUACUGCCACAACAACGGCCUCUGCAGGUGUUUCCUGUGUGCCGCACAUCUGUGUAUACUGGGACUUUGCGUAGUAACAGUGCGUGACCGCAAAAGGAGCAGUGCAGCGGUGUAACCUGCAGCUGUGGAGCCUGCAGCCCUGUAACCUGCAGUUUAGAGGCCGGACUGGAGUUUGAGGAUGAGGAACAUGGCUGCAGCUACUUCAUAUUCACGCCACAAGGGGGCAGUCACUCAUUACAAUGAUGCCUCCUGUGUGAUCGCCUCUACAGACACUUGAGUGAUCUGUCCUCGCUAUAAAACUUUAACUCCAACUCCAGUUGGCCUCCUGUUGACCCGUUCUAACCAGGCUCCAUUGUUCUC